UGCUCCGUCCCUCCUCCUCCCCAGGGCCCUGCUCCCUGCCCUCCUGGGCGGCCAGGGCAGCCAGGACGGCACCGGGAGCUGCCCAUGGACAGGGCCCCUCAGAGGCAGCACAGAGCCUCGCAGGAGCUGCUGGCCGCAAAGAAGACCCACACCUCCCAAAUCGAAGUGAUUCCAUGCAAAAUCUGUGGAGACAAGUCAUCUGGGAUCCACUACGGGGUUAUCACCUGUGAGGGGUGCAAGGGCUUCUUCCGCCGGAGCCAGCACUGCAACGUGGCCUACGCGUGCACGCGCCAGCAGAACUGCCCCAUCGACCGCACCAGCCGCAACCGCUGCCAGCACUGCCGCCUGCAGAAAUGCCUGGCGCUGGGCAUGUCCCGGGAUGCUGUCAAGUUUGGCCGCAUGUCCAAGAAGCAGAGGGACAGUCUGCACGCCGAGGUGCAGAAGCAGCUCCAGCAGCAGCAAGUGUCCAAACCCCCAGCCGCUCCUGGCCAGGGGGACGCCCCUGUGCCCUGUGCCCUGGGCCCCCCCAACGGCCAGCCGCGCCUGGGCUCCUCCCCUGACCUGCCGGAGGCUUCCGCCUGUCCCCCAGGUGUCCUGCGAGCACCGGGCUCUGGAGCCCCCUACUCGCAUUGCUUGGUCAAGGUGGGGCUUGGCGGAGCCCCCUACCAUCUGGAGUACAGCCCUGAGCGCGGCAAGGCCGAGGCCAGGGAGGGCCUAUUCGGGGCGGCCAGCCAGCUGCCCCCCAGUGCGUGCGGACUGCCCUUCGAAGCGCCCGCACAGCAGGGCCGCGCCCCCGGGACCUGCUGCGGCGCCCCCGAGGCGCCCUACGCAUCGCUGACAGAGAUCGAGCACUUGGUGCAAAACGUCUGUAAGUCCUACCGGGACACGUGCCAGCUGCGCCUGGAGGACCUGCUGCGCCAGCGGCCCAACCUCUUCUCCAGGGAGGAGGUCGCUGGCUACCAGCGGCAGUCCAUGUGGGAGAUGUGGGAGCGCUGCGCCCACCGGCUCACCGAGGCCAUCCAGUACGUGGUGGAGUUCGCCAAGAGGCUCGCGGGCUUCAUGGACCUCUGCCAGAACGACCAGAUCGUGCUGCUCAAAGCAGGAGCAAUGGAAGUGGUGCUGGUCAGGAUGAGCCGAGCCUACAACGCCGACAACCACACAGUCUUUUUCGAAGGCAAAUAUGGUGGCAUGGAGCUGUUCCGAGCCUUGGGCUGCUGCGAGCUGAUCAGCUCCAUAUUCGACUUCUCGCAGUCCCUGAGUGCCCUCCGCUUCUCUGAGGACGAGAUCGCCCUCUACACAGCGCUGGUCCUCAUCAACGCCAACCGCCCAGGGCUCCAGGAGAAGAGCAAAGUGGAACAGCUGCAGUACAAUCUGGAGCUGGCCUUUCACCAUCAUCUCUGCAAGACGCAUCGUCAGGGCAUCCUGGCAAAGCUGCCCCCCCAGGGGAAGCUCCGGAGCCUGUGCAGCCAACACAUGGAGAAGCUGCAGACCUUCCAGCACCUUCACCCCAUCGUGGUCCAGGCUGCCUUCCCACCUCUCUACAAGGAGCUCUUCAGCACUGAAAGCGACGCCUCGGACGGGCUGACCGAGUGACCGGGUGACCCAGACGGGGCCUCUGUCCCCUUCCCUCCAGCCCGGUGACUCACCUCCCCGAACUGCCUCAGCCCUACCCCCCGAACUGCAUCCUGCCCUCUCCUUCCUUUCCUGGACCCCCUGCAGAGGUCCCUGUCCACUCUGAGAGUGAGCCAAAGCCAGGCCUCGCCAGAGUCGUGUGGGUGUGGAGCUCCGGCUCCCACCUCAGUGCUGUCCCCUUCUGUCCCCACAGCUGCAGCGGGAAUAGGGGGGACUGAGGUGGACCAAGCGACCCUCGGGAGGGGGUCCAGGGAAGCCCAGAGGAACAGAACUAAACUCUGGAUUCUGGAUUCUCAACUCAACUCUGAAGCUAAGACUGGCCUUUGAAAUACCUCAUUGAAUUUCCCUGCAAAGAUUUGGUUGGGGGGAGACGAAUGAAGCUCAGUCUGACCUCAGAGUCUGGAGCCCAGAAAGAUCUAGAAUACUGGGAAUCUGGUUCACUGCAUCUGCCUUCCCCUCCUCUGAGCUCAGCAAGGAGGUGACUGGGCACCUGGCCCAUUUCCCAGUGUCUAAAAGCCAAAAAGGGAAAAAAAAACAAACUCAGAAAAGGUGACUAAGGAGGGGUGAGGUGAGGGGCUGGGGACCAUGUUUUUAAUAGGAUGGGACUAUAACAAAAGGAUUCAGUGACGGCCACAGACACUCUGGACAGAGGAAGAACUCAGACCUCUUAUGUGCACUUUAAAGAUGGAUUUGAGGGGCUAGAGCCAUAAUACAGCUCUUGCCUUGCACGUGGCCAACCCGGGUUCAAUCCCCAGCAUCCCAUAUAGUCCCCUGAGCCCCUCCAGAAAUGACCCCUGAGCUAGGGCCGGAGCAAUAGUACAGUGGGUAGUAUUGUAUUAUUGCACAGGGCAGACCCAGGUUCAAUCCCUGGCAUCCCAUAUAGUCCCCCAAGCACCACAACCAGGAGUAAUUCCUGAGUGCAGAGCCAGGAGUAACCCCUGAGCAACGCCGGGUGUGACCCAAAAAGAAAAAAAAAAGAAAAAAGGAAAUGACCCCUGAACACAAGGCAGGUGCCCUGGGUACUGCUGGUGUGGCCAACAAAACAAACAAAAAAAAAGAUGGACUUGAGGAGUUACCCAGCCCAGACCCAGUCAGGCACACAGACACAUCUACACAGGGCAGACAGGCACCGCGGGUGGAUCUGCCAUGACAGUCAUGUCUUUGUUGAAGUCACGGUUCACAGCAUCCUUGGGGUCUGGGGAAGAGUGGUGAUCUUGAAGGAACAGUCUAGGGUCUCCAUCCACCAGUCUCACACCAGGUGGGGGUCCCAACCCUAUCCCCUGCCUGCAGCUCUAGCCAGGGGACCCUCAGGGGGACGGAGCUGGCUGGACUUGUGCAGCAAAGCCCACCCACCCACCAGGUCACAGCCCUGAACCUCUCUUGGCUUAUAAAUAGCGGUGACCCCUCUUCCCAGAGAUGAACAGC